UCACCCUCUUGGUGUCACUGUCACAGCAUCCUUCUCCCGGCGUAGAGCAGGAGGUCUGAGCAGGAUGGCUGAUCCGGACGCCUACCUGCGACAGCCCCGGCUGACAGUGCAUGGCAUCCCCAUGAUCAAUGCCUUCGCCCACAACUGGGAACGGGUCGACACCUUCCAGAGCCGCCCCGAGGACAUUGUGGUGGUCACCUUCCCCAAAUCUGGCACCACCUGGGUCAGCGAGAUUGUGGAUAUGAUCCUGCAAGGCGCAGACCCUGAGAAGUGCAAGCGGGACAUUAUCAGCAAGAGGGUGCCCAUGCUGGAGUUCUCUGUCCCUGGGAAGAUUGCAGCAGGAACAGACCUGCUGGCCACUAUGCCCUCACCCCGUGUGGUGAAGACUCACCUGCCGGCACGUAUCCUGCCCAAAACCUUCUGGGAAAACGGCUGCAAGAUGAUCUACGUGGGGCGCAAYGCCAAGGAUGUGGCUGUCUCCUACUACCACUUUGAUCUGAUGAACCAGUUGGAGCCGCAUCCCGGGACAUGGGCCCAGUACCUGGAGGAGUUCAUGGCUGGCAGAGUGGCAUAUGGCUCCUGGUACAGCCACGUGAAGGGCUACUGGGAGCGCAGGAAGGAUCACCCCAUUCUCUACCUGUUCUACGAGGACUUGAAGGAGGACCUCCGCCGGGAGAUUGUCAAGGUGGCCCAGUUCCUGGGGCAGGAACUGUCGGAGGCGGCGCUGGACACCAUCACGCGGCACACGUCCUUCGAAGUCAUGCGGGACAACCCCGCCACCAACUACAGGAAGGUGCCGCCCGAGCUCAUGGACCACAGCGUAUCCCCGUUCAUGCGCAAAGGCACCACCGGAGACUGGAAGAACCACUUCACCGUGGCCCAGAAYGAGCGCUUCGACCGGGACUAUGCAGAGAAGAUGGCGGGCACCGACCUGCGCUUCCGCACUCAGAUCUGAGGAGACCCCGCCGCACACCCCCAAAAYCCGCCCUGUGCUGAUGGUGCUGCUGCCGUGCCAGGGGCUCCUUUAUCUGCCCUGGGACUGCUGGAGAGAAAUAAAAUGUGCUCCCUGACCCUGCCUUGGGGUGCUCACUGCCCUGCGCCUGUGCUGAUCCCAACCCAGCCGUCCUCCUGGGGCUGCUGUCCUCUCCUUGCAUUGGGGACAAGCAGGUGUCACCCCUCAGCUGCUGUGGUGGGGGGAUUGCCAGCAGCAGUUUGUGGGAUCGCAGUGGAUUUAGGCAAAUCUGUGUGUGGGGAACAUGUUGGGUGGGUGUGGGCAGUGAGGUGCCCUCCCCAUCCUCCCACAGUGGG